AUCGGCAUCACAGUCUUUAAAAUAUGGAGGAUAUCGAUACAAAAUGCACCGCCAUACGAGCGCAAAUUACCGCCACAGAAUCGCAGCUUGCAGCACUGAAGGAAGAACUCGAAGCAGCUGAGAGGCUGCGCGGGGCAUCCGCACCGACGUCCAGCAAACAUUCCGAGCGCAAAUGGCCUCUUUCAGCAGAAGAAUACCAGCGAUAUGGGCGGCAGAUGAUUGUGUCCCAAAUCGGGCUUCCCGGUCAACUCAAACUUCGAUCCGCUUCAGUUCUAUUAGUCGGUGCAGGUGGUUUGGGCUGUCCUGCAGCAUUAUAUCUUGCAGGAGCUGGGGUUGGUACAGUCGGUAUGGUGGAUGGAGACACGGUUGAGGCUUCGAAUCUUCAUCGCCAAGUUUUACACCGUACGAAGAAUGUCGGAAAAUAUAAAGUUGAUAGUGCGAUUGAGUAUCUGGAAGAAUUAAACCCUCAUCCGAAAUAUUGUGCUCACCGUGAGCAUUUAUCCCCUCAAAAUGCACCUGGCAUAUUCCAAAAUUACGACAUCAUUCUCGAUUGCACCGAUAACCCGGCCACUCGAUAUCUGAUAUCGGACACUGCUGUUCUUCUCGGCAAACCACUAGUCACAGCGUCAGCUUUAAGAACAGAUGGACAACUCAUGGUCUUGAACAACCCACCGAAACCACCCGGUGACCUAUCGGGUGGUCCAUGUUAUCGAUGUGUUUUCCCCAAGCCACCUCCAGCAGAUACCGUCGUCAGCUGCGCGGAUGGGGGUAUCCUCGGACCGGUAGUCGGUACUAUGGGGGUUUUACAAGCCCUAGAAACCAUCAAAGUCCUCGUAAAGUCUGUCGAUCAAAGUAGUGAUGAUCGCCCUUCUCUACAUAUAUUUUCCGCAUACAGCAACCCUCCAUUCCGCACAAUUCGUCUAAGAGGCCGACGCACGAAUUGUGCUGUGUGCUCAUCAGAACCAACCAUCACAUUAUCAACUCUCCAGUCAGGAUCAACAGACUAUGUUCAAUUCUGUGGUUCUGCAAGGUUCCCACAAGUACUCUCCAAAGAUGAACGCGUUUCUGUACGCGAAUUUGAACCUAUAUACGACUCGAAGAAAUACAGCUUGAUCGAUGUUCGGGAUCCAGUUCAGUUCGGUAUAUGCAAUCUAGAAAACAGCAUAAAUAUCCCAAUCACUCAAAUUCUGCAAGACAGAACCUUUGAUAACAAGGAUCCAAAGGAAACUCUGCGUUCACUGCUACCACCGGAAUUAACAUCUACCGAUUCCACGGACCCGAUAUACUUCGUCUGUCGUAUGGGCAAUGACUCGCAAUUAGCUGUCCAGAAACUGAGACAACUAGGGUUUGAUCAGGAUGGGAGACGUUUUAUUGGCGAUAUUCGCGGUGGACUCAAAGCGUGGAAGGCAGAAGUUGAUCCGGAGUGGCCAGAAUAUUGACCUUCAUCAUAAUAAGCAGGACUUUAGACCAGUGAGUAUUGUCAUACACUGUGGAUAGGUAUAGAUCACUCUAUGCUGUACUUGACACGAAAUAAACUGUUAACAGUACUGGAAUAAUAUGAAAAUAGCUCAGGAGGUCUCCCAAAACAAAUGCCUUUCUAUUGAAGGAGAGGCAUGAAAUA